AAGAGACAAGAAAGAAAAGCACAAAGCGUCGACCAACAACAUCUUUUGUCCUGUUGUCUUCGUUACCGUACUGGUAGAUAGUUGAAUAUCCGCAGAAUCAGUGAUACUGCACCAUGACUGCUGCUGCUGAUGUACCUGGAGCAGGGCUCCGCUCUGCGAUAUCGUUUGUUGGUUUGGUCCUGUCUAUCUAUGCUGUCUACGUUGAAUGGAAGGUCCAUCAUAUUCGAGAAGCGCCGGAAGAAAUGGAAGAGGAGUUCACGGCUUUGUGUGAUAUUCAGGCAAUUGGGGCCAGCUGCAGCCAAGUCUUCCAAUUACCACAAGGACGAAUGCUGUCUUAUUUUGGAAUCAUCCCAGAGGGACACGUACUGGAUGUGCCAAAUGCAGUUCUGGGAUCAAUCUACUACUUGUACAUGUUACUCUUUUCUCAAUUGGUUCCAAUUGAAUUGACGUACUGCCUGACCGUAGCAGCUAUGUCUUCCUCUGUAUUCUUGGCUUACCAGCUGACAUUUGUGGUUCGAGAGUUGUGUCUUCUUUGUUGGAGCACCCAUGUCAUCAAUUCAACUUUAACUUGGAAUCUUUUCGGGCCAGGAAACAGUGUCAAGAAGCAAAAAAGUGUAUAAUAAAAUACUGCCAUCUGAGGACCACUAGUCAGGUGGUUUUGUUUGAGCCAGCUGAUCCCAACAAUUCACAUCAAGUUUGGUGGGACAGUUACGGUAUGAAAUCUGCUGAAUUUCCCCUGCCUUUUCCCCACUGGCAAACGUUUCAAAGGGAUAACUGUAGAUCUGGUUACACUGACUUUACGCACAUCAUGCAAUUCACGAUAUGAAAUUCUAUCUUUGUUCGGACUUCGAGACAACCCCUAAACGAAAAGUUUAUGGAAGUUGCACGUCAAGCUAAAUGAUCUGCAUAGCU